GGAAGAGUGUGCUCAAAGUUCUUUUUGGUCAGUUUUUGUUACCAAUAAACAAUUAAUAUUAGUUAGUUACUUCACAGGACAGGAGCACCAGGAAGCAAGCAAAGCAACAACUGCAAGAAGGAAGUGGGUGGUAGACUGGUGAGGAAGAAGAAGAAGAAGAAGUUAAGGCACCAAGUGAGUGAGUGAAGGUUAAGGAAAAUGAUAGUUGUUGUUGUUGUUGCCAUUGCUGUUGUUACAGUUGCCUGCCCCUGCCGCCUUACUUCUAUUCCCCCUUUCUUCUCCUUCUCCUUCUACCUGCAAUCACUCUUUCCUUUCUCCCUCUCUUUUCCUCUAUUCUUAAUUUUCCCCAACUACCCCUAUCACUUUCUCUCUCUCUCUCCCUCACCUCCUCCCUUUUUCACAUUGUCUUUCUCUUCCUAGAAAUACCCACUUCCCAAAAUUUCCUCGUUUUUAGCUGCUGCUCUUACUCUCUUCUUCCUCUUCUUCUUUCCCUACUUGUUUUUUUCACAUCUUUGGGUCUGAAACUCUGAAUUCAGGAGAAGGGUGUGGUGAUUUCUUGCUAAAGUUGCGAACUUUGUGGUCUGAAUUCACUGCUGCUCGAAAUUUGUGCUGUCCUUUCAUCUGGGGUUCUAUGAUGGAUGCACCGCCGUCUCCUUCCCCUGUUUCUCCUCCCGGCGGCGGCGGAGGAGGGGAGGAUUGUUGUGUAAAAGUAGCGGUACACGUCAGACCGCUCAUCGCCGACGAGAAAGCUCAAGGAUGUAAAGAUUGCGUCACUGUUGUCCCUGGGAAGCCUCAGGUUCAAAUAGGUACACAUUCCUUUACAUUCGAUCAUGUCUAUGGGAGCACGGGUUCACCAUCGACAGCCAUGUUCGAGGAGUGUGUUGCUCCAUUGGUUGAUGGCUUGUUCCAGGGUUACAAUGCUACUGUCCUUGCCUAUGGUCAGACGGGAUCCGGAAAGACAUAUACAAUGGGUACCGGUUUCAAAGAAAGCUACCAAGCUGGAAUAGUUCCUCAAGUGAUGAGUGUACUGUUCGGAAAGAUAGAGACUUUGAAGCAUCAAACUGAAUUCCAGCUCCAUGUUUCAUUCAUUGAGAUUCUGAAAGAAGAAGUGAGAGACUUGCUGGAUCCCUCGUGCCUGCACAAGGCAGAAUCUCCGAAUGGACAUGCGGGGAAAGUAAACGUGCCAGGAAAGCCACCAAUACAAAUUCGAGAAUCUUCAAACGGCGUGAUAACGCUUGCAGGAUCCACGGAAGUUAGUGUUGGCAGUUUGAAGGAAAUGGCCGCUUACCUAGAGCAAGGAUCUUUGAGCAGGGCAACUGGGAGUACAAAUAUGAACAACCAAUCAAGCCGUUCCCACGCAAUUUUCACCAUCACGCUGGAGCAAAUGCAGAAAAUCAAUUCACUCUCUACUGGAGAUGGGAGUCAAAAUGAUGGGAUGAACGAUGAGUAUCUUUGCGCUAAGUUGCAUUUGGUAGAUCUAGCAGGAUCUGAGAGGGCCAAGAGGACAGGUUCAGAUGGCUUGCGUUUCAAGGAAGGCAUUCACAUCAACAAGGGGCUUUUGGCACUUGGCAAUGUGAUCAGCGCACUUGGGGAUGAGAAAAAGCGGAAAGAAGGUCUUCAUGUUCCUUAUCGGGACAGUAAAUUGACUCGGCUUUUGCAGGACUCGCUUGGCGGUAACAGCAGAACUUGCAUGAUAGUGCAUUUCUCUAACAUUGUGAAAAUGCAUCUCUUGCUUUUCCCAGCUUGCAUUAGCCCUGCUGAUAUAAAUGCAGAGGAAACCCUGAACACUCUAAAGUAUGCGAAUCGUGCUCGGAAUAUUAAAAACAAGCCUGUUGUCAAUAGAGAUCCAAUGUCAAGUGAGAUGCUUAAAAUGCGGCAACAGCUGGAGUAUCUUCAGGCAGAACUCUGUGCUCGAGGAGGAUCUUCAUCCGAUGAAGUGCAAGUUCUCAAGGAAAGAAUCGCAUGGCUUGAAGCUACAAACGAGGAUCUCUGUAGAGAGCUUCAUGUAUAUCGCAGCAGGUGUGCUGCUGUGGAUCCCCGUGACAUAGAUGCUCAAGACGCUAGUAUAUGUUCUGUAAAAGGUGAGGGACUCAAAAGGAGCUUACGCAGUCUAGAAGCAUCAGACUAUCAAAUGGUUGAAACAGUACAGAGCGAUACUAGAGAAAUUGAUGAUGAAGUAGCUAAAGAAUGGGAGCACACGCUUCUCCAAAGCACAAUGGACAAGGAGCUGCACGAGUUGAACAGGCGCUUGGAAGAGAAAGAGUCGGAGAUGAAACUUGUUGGAGGUUUCGACACUGUAGCACUCAAGCAACACUUCGGCAAGAAAAUAAUGGAAAUGGAGGAUGAGAAAAGAGUUGUGCAGCAAGAGCGAGACCGUUUGCUAGCUGAAAUCGAAAAUCUCUCAGCUGGCUCGGAUGGGCAUGCUCAGAAAUUGCAAGAUGUUCACUCCCAGAAAUUGAAGACAUUAGAGACACAGAUUUCAGAUCUGAAGAAGAAACAGGAGAGCCAGGUCCAGCUUUUGAAGCAGAAACAAAAAAGCGAUGAAGCGGCAAAGAAAUUGCAAGAAGAGAUACAAUCUAUAAAGGCACAGAAGGUUCAAUUGCAACACAGAAUGAAGCAAGAGGCGGAACAAUUUCGACAAUGGAAGGCCUCUAGAGAAAAGGAAUUGCUUCAGCUACGCAAGGAGGGGAGAAGAAAUGAAUACGAAAGGCAUAAGCUACAAGCAAUAAACCAGCGCCAGAAAAUGGUUCUGCAAAGAAAAACAGAGGAAGCUGCUGUUGCUACCAAGAGGCUAAAGGAAUUGCUUGAAGGCCGAAAAUCUUCUCCACGUGAAAACGGUAGUCUUUCCAAUGGACAUGUAGCCAAUGGACAGAGCAAUGAAAAAUCUCUACAAAGAUGGCUUGAUCAUGAGCUAGAAGUCAUGGUGAAUGUUCAUGAAGUUCGCUUUGAGUAUGAGAAGCAAAGCCAAGUGCGAGCUGCACUGGGCGAAGAGCUUGCUGUGUUGAGACAGGUGGAUGAGCUAGCUUCAAAAGGAUUAACCCCUCCAAAGGGAAAGAAUGGAUUUGCUAGGGCUUCAUCCAUGUCACCGAAUGCCAGAAUGUCCAGAAUAGCCUCACUCGAGAGCAUGUUGAACAUAUCAUCUAACUCUCUCGUGGCUAUGGCUUCACAACUUUCAGAAGCAGAAGAGCGUGAACGCAGCUUCACCACCCGUGGGCGUUGGAACCAAUUGAGGUCCAUGGGAGAGGCCAAGAGCUUGCUUCAGCACAUGUUCAACUCUCUGGGGGAUGCAAGGUGCCAAAUGUGGGAGAAGGAUAUGGAUAUCAAGGAAAUGAAGGAACAGUUCAAAGAACUUGUUAACCUAUUGCGUCAAAGCGAGACUCGAAGAAAGGAAGUCGAGAAGGAGCUGAGGUUGAGAGAACAAGCAGCUGCUAUUGCUUUGGCUACAGCAGCUUCAGCUGGCCAUGAACAAGGAACCCCGCCCAAUUCACUAAAACACGGUGCUGAUGAAAUGAUGAGCAGUCCCUUGUCUCCGGUAUCUGUGCCAGCACCGAAACAGCUAAAAUAUACACCAGGAAUAGUGAACGUCCCAGUCAGAGAAUCUGCAGCUUUUAUAGACCAAUCGAGAAAAAUGGUACCGCUGGGGCAAGCAUCAACGAGAAAACUAGCAGUUGCAAGCCAAGGUGGGAAGCUGUGGAGAUGGAAAAGAAGUCAUCAUCAGUGGCUCUUGCAAUUCAAGUGGAAAUGGCAGAAGCCAUGGAGGCUAUCCGAGACAAUCAGGCUCAGUGACGGGACAAUUACAAGGACGAAGCACCGUGUACAGUACCGAACACGUGUGUCAUGAGCUGUGAGCAACUUGGGUUACUCUCACCAUAAUCUCUCCAUCGUAGAGCUAUAAGUGUGGUUCUAAUGCGCUUCUAUUGGAGAGGGAGCGAGCUAUGCUUGUAGCUGAGAUGGAUGGGUUGAUUUUGAAAGCAAGCUAGGGUUUGAUACUUCUAAUGCUGUUGGGGAGCAUCUUUGUAAAGGCAUUGGUAUGGUGAUGCUGCCCCUUGAUCAUAUAUAUAUACUAAUGAAGAACUGAGGAAAACGCAGUUCGACUGGCGAGAUGUCUUAUGUUCUGCCAAAUAUACCUAGUUCGCUGUUCAAUAACCCAACACCUUGGAUGGAAACACUCUCAUCAAGGAUGUCCGCACAAAAAUUGCACAAGGAAGAAGAAGAUCUCUCUGCCUUGUGUUUGUUUUUGGUCCUACUACUAGGUGCAAUGUUCUUUUUUCUUUUUGUAUCUGCCUAAUUUGUGCCAUUAUUUUAGUGUGUAAAGCACAAAAGUUGAUAAGAGGGGAUAUUCUUUGUGAACGGAGAUUUGUUUUAGCAGUGUGGAUAUGUAAGAAGACAGCAAUAUAUGUCAUCAUCUUAUAUGUACAAAAGGAAAAUUAACUUCAAGAUCUAUUACCCUGUAGUCUGCUUCUUGUUUGGGGUACAUUUAUGAUCGAAAUGUGUAACAAUUCAUCCUUAUACCAUAUCAUUUUGAC